UUUAAAAAAAUAGAAAAUAAAAGAAUGAUCUAUAUCAUCAUAACACUAAUUUUAAUGAGUAUCUUGUAUAAAUACCUAGUGAAACCUUAUUCUCUUUAUAGAAAAUAUAAAAAAUAUGGUGAUGGUUAUUUUUUCCCACUUUUUGGAGAAGCUGCUGAAUACUAUCAAAAUUUAUAAAAGCAUCAAGACUGCGAAUACUCAUUCAAGCAUUAUUUUGACAAAAGAAAGCCUGAAGAUAAUAGGAUAAUAGUUAGUAACAUGGGGACUUCUGUCAAAAUCAAUUUAGUUGAUCCAGAUUUGAUAAAAUAGUUUUAUUAAAAAUCUGAAAAUUAUCACAUGGAUCAUUUUUUUAUGUCAAAUUUAUACAGACUUUUCGGAACAGAAGAGGAAGAUCAAAAACUUCAUAGAAAUUUUAGAAAAUAAUUUGCACCAGCUUUUAAUUUUGAAUAUUUACAGAAUUUAAGCUCUUAGAUAACCAAAAUUACUGACAACAAGAUUAAUUCUUUAAUUCAAGCUAAUAACUUUAAGGACAUCGAUCCUAUAGCUUUUUCUAGUGAAAUUACUGGCUAAGUAAUACUUUUAUCUUUUUUGGGUGAUACACUUGAAAAUCUAUCAUUCAGAAAUAUGAAGCUUCCUCAUGCUCUUUCAUAUAUUUUAAACUGCUUAUGUGGUUAAAUGGGGGAAAUUGGAUAUAUUUUAUUUGGUGCUAAAUAUACAUAAAAAGGAUACUUUAAAUAGCAUAAAGAAGUUGAAGAUUUUAUGCAAGAGUUUAAAAACUAUUUGAGAGUAAUACUAAAAUAAAAAAUAGAAAUAUAUAGAAAAGAGUUUGAAUAAACAGGAAAUAUAAAAUAAACUUGCAUAUUAAGUUUAUUUAUUUAGAAUGGAGAAAUUGACAAAAUUGAUUUAGAUGACUUGCUCAAGUAUUUUUUAAAUUUUUUCCUCGCAGGCACUGAGACCACAAGUAAUUUAGUAGGAAUGACAAUAUAUUAUCUUACUCAAAAUAAAGAGGUGCAGUAAAAGUUAUAGUAAGAAAUAGAUUAAAACACAGAUUAUUCUGCUGAAGCACUUUCUAACUUACCAUAUUUAAAUGCUACUAUAAAAGAAACACUUAGAUAUUAAGGUCCUGGCAACAGUCUAUUGGAUAGAAUCGCUGUUAAGGAACAUUAUCUUGAAGAUAUUAAAAUCGAAAAAGGUGUAAUUGUAAAUGUAUAUAUGAAAGCAGUUCAUAGAGAUUCUCGCUUCUAUUCUGAUCCACACACAUAUAAUCCAUAAAGGUGGUUAGACUCUAAGGAAAAUAAAUCUUUGCAUCCUUUUACAUAUCUUCCAUUUAGUGCAGGUUAAAGAAAUUGUAUUGGAUAGCAUUUAGCCUUGAUAGAAGCAAGAAUUAUUUUAAAUUCUAUGAUAAAAAAUUUUAAUUUUAAAAUAAAUGAAGGAUACAAAUUAAUCUUAGACUUUAAAUUCUCUCCAUAACCCCUCAAUCCUCUCUAAAUACAUUUUGAUAGAAGGUGAAACUUUUAAAUAAUAAUAAAAAUACUAACAAACUUUAAAUAAAAUAUGUGAAUUCUCAAAAUUUAUUUAUUUAUGUUUUGUAUUUAACUUUUAUAAAUCUAAUAAAACUUUUUC